AAAGCGAGCCGGUGGUUUGGGGUCGCGCAGUCUAAAUCGGCCAAGACGAACGUGAAUAUUCUUCACCAAGAGGAGCUGAUAGCGCAGAAAAAGAGAGAAAUUGAGGCCAGACUGGAGCAGCAAGCGAGGCAGAAUUACCUGAGCAUACAGCAGCUGCCUCUCUUUGGAGAAGAUGACGGUACUGACAAUGAAGCCUGUGUUUCCAACAAGUUUGUUAAUGAUGGCAGUUUCCUCCAGCAGUUUCUCAAGCUGCAGAAGGAAAAAUCAAGUACUGAACCUCCCCCAAGUUCUACUAAUAACUCGGCAAACACUUCUGCAUCAAAUGUUGGGAAGAAACCUAUGCUGUUUGGGAAGCGCCCCGGUCAGGUCCUGAGCAGCAUGCUGCACCAAGCGAAGAACUACUCCCAUUCCAAACAGACCCCAGUCGUUAACCGCCUCAGUGUGUUUCAGUCGCCAGAUGAAGAUGAGGAGGAAGAUUAUGAGCAGUGGUUGGAAAUUAAAGUUUUACCCCCAGAGGAUGCGGAGACCCGACAAGUGGUGGAAAAGCUGGCUAGGUUCGUGGCUGAAGGGGGACCAGAAUUAGAGAAGGUUGCUAUGGAAGACUACAAGGAUAACCCAGCUUUUUCGUUUUUGCAUGAUAAGAACAGCAGAGAAUUCCUUUACUACAGAAAGAAAGUGGCAGAGAUAAGAAAAGAGAAUCAGAGUUCUCAGGCAUCCUCUUCUCAGAAAGUUUCACCCCCAGACGACGAAGAGACAAAGAACUCUGCUGAGAAACUGGCCAGGUUCAUAGCAGACGGGGGUCCCGAGGUGGAAGCUAUUGCCUUGCAGAACAACCGAGAGAACCAUGCUUUCAGGUUUUUAUAUGAGCCAAACAGCAAAGGCUACAAGUAUUACCGGCAGAAACUGGAGGAGUUCCGUAAGGCCAAAACCAGCACUGUGUGUGCCCCUUUGCCUGUAGAGUCCAGUCUGAAAAGGAAGACCAGUCCCGAGGCCGUUCCCUCGCCCUUGCCCAUACCCUCACCUUCACCGUCAUCCUCUACAACUCCACCUGAUCAGACAGCUACAACUACUGCUGCAACAACAACCACCGCUGCUGCUACGGGCACAACUAAAAAGAAGCGGAAGAGCAGAUGGGGGCCAGAGGAGGACAAAGUUGAAUUGCCCCUCCCACAGCUCGUCCAACAGCUGGAUUCUCCCUCCCCUCUUUCAGUUCAGGACCUCAAGGGUCUUGGUUAUGAAAAAGGGAAACCAGUUGGUUUGGUGGGUGUGACGGAGCUCUCCGAAGCCCAGAAGAAACAGCUGAAGGAGCAGCAGGAGAUGCAGCAGAUGUAUGACAUGAUCAUGAAGCACAAGCGAGCCAUGCAGGAGAUGCAGAUGAUGUGGGAAAAGGCAAUUCAGCAGCACCAACAUGGCUAUGACAGCGACGAAGAGGUGGACAGCGAGCUGGGAACGUGGGAGCACCAGCUUCGACGCAUGGAGAUGGACAAGACGCGAGAGUGGGCUGAGCAGCUGACCCAGAUGGGCAGAGGAAAACAUUUCAUCGGAGACUUCCUUCCACCUGACGAGCUGGAGAAAUUCAUGGAGACGUUCAAGGCAUUGAAGGAAGGACGUGAGCCGGAUUAUUCUGAAUACAAAGAGUUCAAACUGACUGUGGAAAACAUAGGUUAUCAAAUGCUAAUGAAGAUGGGCUGGAAGGAAGGCGAGGGACUUGGCUCGGAUGGACAGGGGAUUAAAAACCCAGUCAGCAAGUAUGUACCUGUGUUUGGAUUUGAAUGCCCCGCCGAGCUGACCAAGGAAGAUGACGAGUACGAGGCAUUCCGUAAACGAAUGAUGCUUGCCUACCGCUUCCGACCAAAUCCAUUGAACAAUCCACGACGACCUUACUACUGAGAAAUGUUUUUUUGGGACUAUGUAUUUUCAAAACAAUUGUAAUUUUACUGUGAAAUGUUAUGAAACCGCAUUAUCAUUCUCUUAUUUGCUAAUAUUGUAAAACUUACUGAAGUCACAAGACCAUCUCUCGCCCAGAAGAAAGGCCCGCUCGCUGCACACUCGAGUGUCAUGACAACCGUGUCGUAACAAGGCCAGGGUGGUACUGAGAGAGGAGAACAGAGCAGGUAAGAAGGGGAUCUUCACACGGUGCCCUGCUGACAGUGGAAGGGUAGCACCACAGAUGCCCCCAGGAAUAGUUCAGGGACUCCGUUCGUAUUUAGCUUGAUUCCACGUUACAAGAAAUGCAUUUUUUUUUGUGUGUGUGUAACAGCAGAUCCUCUGUUUGGAUACGCAGCAUGUGCUGCUCGGGAGGGAUUUUUGGUUGGUUUCUUUUUUUUUUUUUUAAUUGCAAAUACAACAAGGGGACUGUCCCAGACCCAGCUUUGGGGGCCACUGUUCAGUCAGGCUACUGUUCCCUGAGGAGCUGGCUGCUGAUGCUGUCGCGAAGCCCAGAGUACAGUCUGCCCUUCAUCUGACACUGCGAACCCCGUGCCUCCUUGUUUUACCUCUGCCCUGGGGAAGGCGAGGCGCGGAUCAGUGUGGGGCGUGGCUGCAAGGGUCGAGGGGUGCAGGGCGAAUUCAUUCAACUUUGGAGGCGACAGCCUUGUGGUUUCUUGAACACUAAGUUCACCCCCAGCUUCCCUGCGAAAUGAGGGACUUGCUGACACCUUCUGUGGGUUGGGGUGAUGAAGAACCAAGCCUUCAAACACCGCUGGUCAAAGGCCUUUUGGAUUCUGUUGUCAUAAGAAACCCCUCUACAAAUACAAGUUUUCUUCAUUCACUCUGUAAAUAAAAUAAAACCCAUUUGUUCCUUAGUUUUAAUCGGUGAAUUUUUGGAAAGAGAGGUCUUACUGUGGGUUUGCAUCGGCCGAGAGGCGGCUCUAGCUCUCUUUCCAUCCCAGCAUCUUAAAGGAAACAAAGUGAGGUGGGUUGGGUUGGUUUCUUUUGCAUCUGUUUUCCCCCAGCCCGGACCCUUAGCGUGUGAUUCUCUUUUGUUAAC